GCCCGCUGGGCGAAGCGGAGUCUGAGCCGCAGAACGAGCCCGGUGGAGUUUAGACAGAGCAGCCCGGAAACUACAGCUCCUGAGUGGCUUCUGCAACCUAUUGCCCCCCUUGUCCCGGAAUCUCUGUCCCGUUCGCUCCGCUGACGCGAGGUAAUGGACGAAUAGAGACUUUUAACAGGCCCUUCACAGGAACUUAAAAGCGAGUCUAAAUAGCCGCUGCCCUCUCAUCACCCACAGCCUGAACAGGAACAGCGACCAUGGGCAAACAAAACAGCAAGCUCCGUCCUGACGUCAUGCAGGACCUGAUGGAGAACACAGACUUUACCGAGCAUGAGAUCAUGGAGUGGUACAAGGGCUUCUUGCGGGACUGCCCCAGCGGCGCGCUCUCCAUGGACGAGUUCAAGAAGAUCUACGCCAACUUCUUCCCUUACGGAGACGCCUCCAAGUUCGCCGAGCAUGUCUUCCGCACCUUUGACGCCAACGGAGAUGGGACUAUCGACUUCAGGGAGUUCAUCAUCGCCCUGAGUGUGACGUCUCGUGGUCGGCUGGACCAGAAGCUGAAGUGGGCGUUCAGUAUGUACGAUCUGGAUGGGAAUGGAUACAUUAGCAAGGCGGAGAUGCUGGAGAUUGUAUCGGCUAUUUAUAAGAUGGUGUCCUCAGUGAUGAAGAUGCCCGAGGAUGAGUCCACACCUGAGAAACGCACAGACAAGAUAUUCAGACAGAUGGACACGAAUCGAGAUGGCAAACUGUCCCUUGAGGAGUUUGUUGAGGGAGCGAAGAACGACCCCUCCAUCGUCCGGCUGCUUCAGUGUGAUCCCAGCGGUGCUGGGCUGUAGAAAACUGGACCUUUUCCCAUUUGAAGUUUUAUCAGUCUAACACUUUUUCAAAAUCUCUCCCAGCUGACUCACCUGAGAUCGUUGACAUUUGAGCACUUGAGCUGUAGAGGCACAUGAAGAUACACACACACACACACACACACACACACACACACACACACACACCUAGUCAACAUGUACCUGUACAUGCAAAUAAGCCUGCUACAUGCACGUCCUGUACAUGUGCCCCUCUGCCGGGUCAGAAGCUGCAGACAACAAAGAUCUCAUACAAAUAUAACUCAAUGGACUAAAAUCCCAUCAAAGACUUUGUUACACACUGAAUCAAAUGUGUUAUCUUUGUUCGAGAAGACGGCCAGCGAGGACGAUCCAACAUUGAGCCGAACCCAAGUCUGCUGUUUUUUUCCGAGUCUUUUUUGAAAGCGUAAUUCUCUUAUUUAAAGGCAAUGACGCCAAUUUAGUUCUCUUUUAACUGACUCGGGUUGUUGAGUGAUGAUGGACUGAUUCUCACAAAGUAUUGCAAUCUAACUCCAUGUGAACACUGAAUGAAAUGAAGUAGUGAGUCUUUCAUGAAGACAGGCGAUCAGAUUUUUAGAAUUCUAGAAAGGAUGAAAGCUUUUUUUGGAGGAAUGUUACAACAGAUAAGAACUAUCUUUUCUUUUAAAAGUUCAUUUUGAUGCCAAUUUUCUCAAACACACACACACACACACUAUAGAUGAAUACAUACAUUUGACAUGCAUAUAAAUUGAGCUGUGAUUCUCUCUCUCUCUCUCUCUCUCUCUCUCUCUCAACUAUGGCUCAACAAGCGUGUAAGCAAAAAAAAUGAAUAUAUAGUAUGUUA